GAACGGGAAAAAAAACGAGAGGGAGAAAAGGACGAGGAGGUGGGGAAGGGAAGGGGACCGGAACCAAAACCUAGACGAACCACACAGAGGAGAGAUAGAUAGGCAAGGGGCGACGGCACGAGGCGGGCUAGCCCAAGCAGACCAACCAAACCCUAGCUCACCUUUCGUUUCAAUCCAUGGAGGCGGCGCUAUGAGCCGCCGAGACGUGGAGCUGGUAAGGCGGAGGAAGGGAGGAUGACGGCCAGAUCGGACGAUCCCGAUGUAUCGCCGGGGACGGCGGCGGCGGCCGGCGGCGAGAUCUGGGGCACGUCGGAGGAGCUCCUCCUGGCGUGCGCCGUGAGGCGGCACGGCACGGCGAGCUGGGACGCGGUGGCCAUGGAGGUGCAGUCGCGCAGCACCUCCGCCGCCGCUGCGCGCCUCACGCCCGCCAGCUGCCGCCUCCGCUUCCGGCUCCUCCACCGCCGGUUCGCCGGUGCCGCCGAGGACGGCGACGGAGGCGGCGAUGAGGACCCCGACGCCGCCGCCGCCGACGGGUGGGUGGAGGAGCUCCGCAAGCUGCGCGUCGCCGAGCUCCGCCGCGAGGUCGAACGAUACGAUCUCUCGAUCGGGUCGUUGCAAUCGAAAGUGAAACGGCUCAAGGAGGAGAGGGAGAGGAGCAUCUCCGGCGAGGCCAAGCCGGCGGUGAAGGAGGAGGACGAGGACGAGGAGGUGGUGCUCGGGAAGGGAUCGCCGGUGGAGGACGACGUCGCCGGGGAGGAUCGUGUCUCCGGCGGCGAGUCCGGGCGGUCAUGCGAGGAGUCCAACUCGUCAGAUCUGAAGCGGCCGGGGCACGACGCCGGCACCGCCUCCGCCGGCGGCGACGGCGACGCGGCUGCGAGGGGGGAGAAGGAGGAGGCCGCCGCCGGCGAGUUGGUGGCCGUGAAGCGGGAGGAGGCCUCCGGCGAGUCGGUUGCUGGGUCGAAGGAGGCGGCGGCGGACGCGGAAAAGGAGAGCAGCGACGUGCAGAGCUCUGCCAGCCCGUCCCGCCGCCGCGAGAUUGAAGAGGCCUCGCCGUCGACGUCGGCGCCUGCGCCCCUCCCCGUGGCGGAGCUCGAGGCGCUGCUCGCCUUUCUCGAGUCGGUGCGGACCACCAAGCUGGGCUCCGUCUUCGAGCGGCGGCUCGAGAGCCAGGAUGGCGCGACAUACAGGAGCACCAUCAGGCGCCACGUGGACCUGGAGACGAUCAGAUCCAAGCUGGAAGGUAGCAGCGCGUGCUACACCUCUGCGUCCGAGUUCUACCGCGACCUGCUCCUGCUCUGCGCCAACGCGCUCGUCUUCUUCCCGCGCGGCUCGCCGGAGCACGCCGCCGCAGUGCAGACGCGCGCCCUCGUCUCCAAGCACAUGUCAGCAUCCCUCCGCAAGGACCAACCUGGGACCUCGGGCAAGGCUGCGGCUGCGGCAGGGACUCCGGCGGCGUCUAAGAAGGCCAAGGCGGAGGCUGACGUCGGGUCUCUGCUGGACAAGACAACGCCGGUCAUCGUCUGCCGGAAACGGAGCUCCAUUGCGAAGGCUGCGGCAGCGGCUGCGAAGAUGGAGAAAGUGGAGAAGGGAGAGAUUGACAAGGAGGAGGAUGAGAAGGAGAACGAGGUCAAGAAGAAGGUGGCCACCAAGGACAAGGCACGGGGCCUAAGGACGAACAAGAGCCGCGGCCCUGUCCGGAACGCAGGACCAAACCAGAAGACAGGGAAAGGCUCGGAGAGCGAAGCGGCGGCCACUGAAGGGACGAAGAAGUCUGACAAGAAAGGUGGCAGCGGCGCUGCGGCAGCCGGCGGGGUCGCCAAGAAGCGGAACGCCGUGGACUUCCUGAACCGAAUGAAGCAAAACUCGGCACCCUCGACGGAGCGCGUGUCGCUGCUCGAGACGCUGAAGCUCUCAGCGGCGGCAGAGCAGAAGAAGUCCGGGAAGGGCGAGGGCAGGAAAGAGUCCGGCGGCGGCUCUGGAUCCAAGAAGGCCACGGACACCCCGCCGGGGAGGAGAAACGUCGGCAGGCCCCCAAAACGUGCGGCCGCGCCCCCGACGCCGCCGCCAUCAAAGAAGGCAAAGGGCGACCGGUCGUCGUCAGGGACGAGGAAGCGCGGGGGGAAGAAGUGACUGGGAUGGGAGGCAGUAGGAAGCGAUAGUCACAACUGUGUGUAAAUGCUGUAGGGCUGUAGGAUCGCUUCAAGCUUGUACUGUAUGACAGUGUUGUAGGGGUGGUGCUAGUUUUUGGACGGGGAAAAAUGGAUGAACUGACCUACGCCUCUCAUGAUCUCGUCUCACGGGACUUGGAAGGGAAGACGAUUUCUUUUAAAAUUGUCGUCGUGUAUGUUUGGACCGAAUUUUGAAACUUAUACUGGAGCAAAUGGAAGUCACUUUCAUUCUCA